GCCACCGCCCGCCGCACCGAACCACACGCCACCGAGAACUCUUCUCCUGCUCCCCCUGGCCGCCGCCGCCUGCCCUCAUCCUUCCCUCGAUUGGACUGGAGUGCGGCGCCCCCGACGAUCUCUUCCUUCUUUGUUUAGUUGGUCUUACAAGAUUGGCGAAAAAUGUUCAAGAAUACAUUCCAGUCAGGGUUUCUGUCGAUUCUGUACAGCCUCGGGACCAAGCCAUUGCAGAUAUGGGACAAGGAAGUUGUUGAUGGGCACAUUAAAAGACCCCAGGAUGAAGAUAUCCAGUCUAACGUUCUUGAAAUUAUUGGAACAAAUGUGCAAUCAACGUUCAUCACUUGCCCAGCUGACCCUGCUGCCACUCUUGGAAUUAAGCUUCCAUUUCUUGCCCUCGUUGUGAAGAAUCUUAAGAAAUACUUCACAUUUGAGGUCCAUGUCUUGGAUGACAAGAAUGUCCGCCGGCGAUUUCGAGCAUCAAACUUUCAGUCCGCCACGAGGGUAAAGCCAUAUAUCUGCACAAUGCCGCUGAAGCUCGACGAUGGCUGGAACAACAUUCAGUUGAACCUUGCCGACCUGACGAAGAGAGCCUACGGCACAAACUACGUCGAGACACUGCGAGUGCAGGUCCACGCAAACUGCCGGCUCCGCAGAGUUUACUUCUCCGACCGCCUCUACUCGGAGGAGGAGCUGCCUCCGGAGUUCAAGCUGUACCUUCCGAUCCAAAAAUCGUAGAGCUCAGGACGAAGCAUGGAGGCACUACUCCCCAGGAGCUCAGGAGACAACAACAGCUAGCUAUGCGUAAAGCAUUGGAAUCUUUUUGAUUGUACCCUAAUUUUUGCCUGAAUGACAUGUGCUAAAACUGUAUCUAAUUGAUCUCUUCUCCAAUGUACUGUUGAUGCUGGUCCAUUUUCAUGGUCACAACUGACAAGUAAAGCAAGCCCCUACGGGCGGGCCACCGGCUACUUGUGUGCCUA